UUGCACAUUAGUUUAACAGCUGCUUCUUUUCUUUUCCUCUGCCGAUAAACGUAGAGAGGUCAUCUACCAAUAUAUGUUCUUUAACGAAGGAUUGUGAAGGCCUGUUACGCCUACAGUAUUCCUGCGUGUCCUCACGUACACUAUGAAUGGCGGGGGUCACCCGUCUAAAUUCUAAAAAAAUAUAUAUUUAUUUCUAGGUCAAGGCUUUGUCAAAAUACGCCAUUCUUCAAGGUAAAGUAAAGUCUCUCACAGACAGAAAAAGAUGGUGGGCAAAAAGCCGAACGUGAUUGUUGUUGGGGCUGGACUUAGCGGGUUGUCUGCUGCAAGAACGCUAAACGAGGCAGGCGUAGAUGUCGUAGUUCUGGAAGGAAGAGACAGAGUGGGAGGAAGAGCCUAUACUACUGAGAGAGGCAGUGACAUGGGAGGGGCGUAUGUGGUUCCGUUUAUAUUCACAGAACUUCAUAAACUGGCCACUGAGUUUGGCGUAAAAGCUGUCAGCACCAAUUCAGAAGGAAAGAAAAUAUACUACAAAAAUGGAGAGGCCAAAUCUUUUGAUGAUCAUGUGAAGCUUUUUGCGAACCCUUUGGCAGGCCUGGAUGUCAACCAUUCCUUGGUAGAAAUUCAGAGAUACUGCAAUAUGAUGCAGAUAGAUAAGCCCUGGAAUUUCAAAGGAGCAGAGACACUGGAUAAAAUGACUCUGGAAGAAUGGAUAAAAGCCAACACAUGGACACAGGAGGCGCGCGACUUUCUCCAGGUGUACUGCGUGACCAAGGCGGCAGUGGAGCCCUGUGAAAUUUCAUUUCUGGCCUUUGUCUGGAAGGUUAAAUCCAUGGGGAACACAAGGGAGGCGUACUCUUCUGGUGGUGGAGGUCUCACAGUGUAUGCAGGGGGAAUUGGGCAAAUUACUCAAAAGAUGGCGCAAGAGCUCGGAGAUAAAGUGCAGUUGAAGAAAAAUGUCCAGCGAGUGGCACAGCAAGGGGACAGCAUUGAGGUGACGACAGAAGAUGGGAAAACUUUUAAGGCGGACUACAUGAUUCUGACUACCCCUGCUGUGAUGCAGUUAAAGAUGACCUUUGACCCCCCACUGCCACCGCUCCGAACACAGCUUUUACAGAGGCUACCCAUGGGGGCAGCCAUUAAGUGUAAACUAACUUACAAUCAGCCGUUUUGGCAAGAAAAAGGUUAUAAUGGGUUCACUCUGGUUGAAGACAAAAAUGAGCCAGUCUCAUGGGUGUUAGAUGACUGUUAUCCAGGAGCCAAGAGCUAUGGACUUGUCAGUUUCUUGGUUGGUGAUAAAGCCAGAAACCUAGCACAGUUGGGGAGAGAAGAGAAAAUAAGCCAACAGUGUAAAAGUCUCGCCAAGAUUUUCAACUCCCAGGAUGCUCUAACGCCUUCAGGUUAUGAAGAGGUGGACUGGAUGUCAGAAGCAUUUUCAUUGGGUGGUUUCAGUCAUGCAUAUCCACCAGGGGUACUGACCAAGUACAAAAAUCUUCUCCGAGAGCCAGUUGGCAGGUGUUAUUUUGGUGGAGCAGAAACGGCAGCUCCAGGUACAGCUGGCCUUGAAGGCGCUGUCAGGUCUGGCCAGAGAGCCGCAAGACAAGUGCUGAAUGCUAUGGGGAGACUGCCUCUUUCUGAUGUGGAAGAUCCAGAUGCUAAAAAG